AUGGAAGAUACAUCGCAAAGUCGCCUCCAAACCGCCGAAGAAAGUUAUUCUUCUAUGAAUCUCUCAAAUAAUAAUCGGUCCGUGAAGCAACGUCUCUCGGUUGAACUAAAUGAUAAGAACGACUUAGAGAUUGAGUUCGAAGCACGUCUAGAUGCUCUCAAAGAAGAGAACCAACAAAUGAGAGACCGUUCAACUUCCCAAGAAGCGGUGCUAACAGCAAAGAGCCAGCAAAUCAAAGCACUCCAGGCCGGAACAUCUGCUCAACUCGAAAAAGCGAUAAAGAAAUCCCAAGGACUCAGCAAUGGCAUCAAAGCAGCAGGAGUUAGCAACGCAGCAAGCGCAAACGACGUCAUAGCUUUGAAGUCUAAACUUGAGGUGCACAUUGACAAAAUUCACACGCUUGAAGAAGAGGUUGAAGAGUUGAACAAUGAAAAAAGAGCACUCGACAAGGGGAACAAGUCACUGGGAGCAAGUGUUUUGCUCCAACUACGAGAACUGGAUGGCAUGCGCAGGGAUCUCGCUGCCUCAAAACAUGACUUGGGAAUCGCUAAAUCAGCGGUUCUUGCUACGUUGAAGAAGUUGUCUAUGGCGCGGAGAGCCCUUGCAACUGUUCGUUCUAGGUACGCCAUUAUGCAUAUGAGAAUGCGAGAAGUGAAGAAGAGUGCGACGCAGAGUCUAGGGAAGGCAAAGCGCUGGAUUCGGGCCUUGGAAGAUCAGAAUUUGGAAGCAAAAAGAAGUCCCUUCAGAUUCAUCAUCGUUUGUUUGAUCGGGAAAAUCCGAGCUUGGAAGUUGGUUCAAGUUCUAUUUGCGAAGUGGAGUAGAAUGAGAAGUGGUACAAGAGCUGUGGAUGGUCCAAAUGAACAAUAUCCGUUGCUAGGAAAUUAA